GAAAAAAAAAAAUUAAAAAAAUAAAUCAUCAUUUUGAGCUUCCGCUUCCCAAUGAUCUCCAUCUCGGAUGAUUCUGCGAUCGCGAGCUCAUAAACCCUGGCUUUCUCUCUCAUGGCGCUUUGCCAUCUCUCCUUCUUCCCUUUCCCUCCACGUCCCCACCUUUGCGCUUCGCUCUCAUUCCUCAAACGCGAUGCCUGCCAGUUCCCGCUUCAGGGAAGCAUAUCAACCGCUUGUUAUGCGAGGAAAUCAAGUGGGAGGGGAAAGGAGUCGAGGGCUGUGAAAAGCAAUGAGGAGUUGCGCAGCGAACUGCGGGAGUUUAUUUCCGCAUUGGGAUUUCCUGAUGAUCACGUCCCUUCCACCAAGGAGCUCACGGAUCACGGAAGAAAAGACCUUGCAAAUAUUGUGAGGAGGAGAGGGUACAAGGUAAUUGCAGAGCUUCUCAAGAAUUCAACAACAAAGGAUGACAACACAAAGCUUGCCUCCGCUGAGAAUCAUGUUUCUGGUGAUUCUAGCAAAGAUGAAAUCUCUGACAACAAAGCGACAACUAUUCAGGAGUCUGCUGAAUGCACCUCUGAGCCAUUCAUGUCUCCAAGGGAAGCAUGUAUGAAUACACCAAAUGGUUCAAUAGCUUUGUUCACUUGUGCAUCUGAUAACAAAGAUCCAACCUCUUCCAUUGAAUCCUUGCGUACAAAAGCUGCAAAAUUUGUCCUUACUGGGGAAUUAGAUAAUCUUGAUGAGAAUGGUAUGUUGGCUUCUGAACAUGCUCCUCUUCUUGUACCAGAACAGUCUCUUGACAGGGGUGAUACUACAUCAUGUGAUGAGCUGACCAUUGCCAACUUGGAUGAGAAUUUUACUCCUGAAAUGCUUAAACUUACUCAUGAAAGGCAAAACCAGGCUGAAAUCGACCGUUUGAAAGACAUGUUGAAUCAGAAAGAGCUGGAGUUAUCCCACCUGAAAGAGCAAAUCGAAAAGGAGAAGGCUGCUCUAUCCUUUUUGGAAGCUAAAGUCAGUACUGAGAUUAGCAAGGCAGAAGAGAUUAUCUCAGCAAAAGAUAUUGAACUUCGUGCGGCUGAAGAAACCCUUUCUGGACUGAAGGAGGUCCUUAUUGAAUAUUGGGCAAUUGCGGAAACUGUAGAGGUUGCUGGAAGUUUUAAUGGCUGGCAGCACCAUAUUAUAAUGGACCUGCAACCUUCAUCAGAAUUGGAGGAGCCGACCUCAAGGAAGCGCCAACUUUGGUCAACGAUACUAUGGCUUUACCCUGGAAUUUAUGAGAUCAAGUUCAUUGUCGAUGGCCAAUGGAGGAUUGAUUCGAAGCUCAACAUAAUCAAUAGUGGUGGCAUAACAAAUAAUAUUCUCCGGGUGGACAGAUGAGCAUAACCUCAUAUUCUGACAAAUAGAUACAAGAGCACACAUAAGUUCAAGUUUCUAUACAGACUAUGCCUGGAUUGUAUCAUUCAAGAGUCCACCAGCGUUUGAGUGUUUGUUUUCCUUUGGUGAGAUGGACGGCGGGAAUCAAUGAGCACUAUUUUUUUGUAUUUUUUCUGGAGGAGAUGGCUUGAUGGUUUUGAGAUGUUUUCAUUUCGAUUUUGCAACUAACUACAAAACUUUGCAGAUUAUAGAAGGUGCAUUGGUGGACCAAUCAGGAUUUCUAUAGGGACCAUUAAUAGUUUCUCACUCUUGAGGUGAAUAAUGUUUCACAGAGAACCAUGAAGUUGUUGUCUAAAUAAUACAUUUGAUGCACAUUGAAUGUUAUUUAGCUUAUCUUAAUAAGUAUAGGUUUUCAUUCAAGGAAAGCGAAUUUGUUGGCUCUUCAAGAGUAGGUAAUAAUUGCAUUUGUAUGUGCCUUUCUACUCUUCAUUCACAGCACUAGAUAGAUGCAAUUAAAAGGAAAACUAUGAUCCUCUUCAUCUUUAUGUAACUUGCAAGUCUCUCCAAACAAACAAGCACAUCUCUGGGGAUCAGAAAAGUUGACAGUGGCUUCUCUGUCAAGCUCAUCCACAGCCAUUCCCCUCGCUUGCCUUUCUACAACGCAAACAUCACCGGCACCGAUCGCUGGGCUUCCAUCAACUAUCAAAGCAAUCUCCAUCUCAAGUGCUUUGAGGCAACAACAAACUCAACCUCCUUGAAGCCAUCGAUGACAACCGAGCUCCGCUCGGUUCUGAUGUACAAUUACAUGAUGGUGUUUUCCAUGGGCAUUCUGGCAGUACCUUUUGUGCAUCCAAUGCCAGCCUUGCUUGGAGUGCUAUCACCAUAAGGAUCCCAUCUUUGAGCCCUCCAACUCCAGUUCCUCAAAGUUCUUACCAUGCUCUGCAAGAAAAUCCGUGGUAAUGUAUAUAUAGUUAUAUUUUUUCACCAUGUGAUAACAUAAGCUUUUAGUGUGCAGGUAAAAAUAUUAUGCCAUGACAAUGUCAAUGAGGAAUUGCUUGAGGGGAACUUGCCAAAAAACGGUAUCAUGUAAUAAUAGCAAAAUGGCACAGGAGGACUUCAUCUUCCAGGCCACUGACAGCAACACAGUACCACCUUCAAAAUCUCAAAAAUGGUCUUAGGUUGUGGAACUUAUAACUUUGUCAAGUAUGCUGAGUCAGUAUAAGGGAUUUUCAGGCAUGAGCAUGACCCCAACCUCUUUAUUAUACCAAAUGUCUAGGUUAAUCAAAGGCCGGUUCUUGCAUCGCCUUGUCGAGAAUACAUGGCCCUUGUCUGGUAGCCAAAUUUUAUUUGGAGACCAAGCUAUCCUGCUUGGGAACUUGACACCUUUGGCCGUCUCAUUUCGAAAGACUGAAUGGUAAUAUCUUAAUCUUCUUCAUGUUAGUGUGGGCACUAUGAGGCUUUUCAUUCCUCCUGGGACUUUCCAACAUGAUACCCAUGGCCGAGGUGGUAUGGCCAUAUCAACACAGGUAUAUAUAUAGGAUAUAUUUUUUUGGGUAUGUACAUAAUGUUUUUAAAUUUAGGGAUGUCUGAUGGUAGUUGUUUGAUAAUAAUCUAAUGAUUGUUAUUUGUAGAAAUAGGUCGCAAAUUUUACUAUUAGUUACUAUGAUGUCAUAUUGUUAGAUACUGUUAACUAUUAUUAGGUUUUAUACAUGAAUGGACAGUGGUUAUUAAAUGUAAAUCUAACUAGCAUUGUGGGUAGUAGACGUUCGA